AUGAAGCAGAUGUUGCCAAAUUCCAAAGAGAUUGCCGAAGGAAAACAAGGCAUUAAUCCGAAUGCUGUCAAGUUUCAAGUCUAUGAACCCAAAGAGUUUCAAGAAGAGAAAUAUCGGAAGCAGUUUGCUUUCCAUUGGACGAAUAUGGAGAGGGCUUAUGGGAUUAGGCAUGAUACUUUAGAGAAUAAGGAAGAAAGAGCCUCGGUCUCGGAAGUUUUUUCUAGUCAGGCUAAUUUUGAUGCUCAAGAGAAAAAAAUUUACCGAUUGUUAUGGAAAAGAAAAGUGGUCUUGGCAGCCUUAGCUGUUAACGUGCUUACGGUAGCUAUCUUUGCUGGCUACACUAUUACCAUGAGAAAAGACCAACUUAAACUAAAAAAAGAAAACCAAGCCAUUCGGAAAGAAUUAGCUGAAGUUGAACGAGUCAAUGGUAAAGAAAAAAGAGAUAUUGCUGAAUUGCAAGCCAAAGUUAGCGAUGAGUUAAAGAAAAACCAAGUCCUAAUUGACGAAGGCUAUGAAAGUGAGAAGGAGACAAUCCGUCCGAAAAGCCCGAGAACCAUGGCUGAAUUAGACCAAGCCCAAGAGGAAAUUAAAGAACUUAAAAAGAUACAACCUGAAACAGUCAGCCAAGCAGCCGAGCAAGUCCUCAUUGAAGCUAACCAAAAAAUCCGAGAAUUACAAGCCAAAAACAAGUCUCUUAAUCAAACUAUCACCGAACUAAAAACCCCAAGCAAAAAUCAAGCCAAAGAGCAACUCUUCACCUGCUUCCACUGCCAACAAGAAUGA